AUGCCUCCUUCCGCAAUGAAACCACCAAAUGCAUCGAAGUCUAAUUUAGCAAAUUCUGGAAAAAACUUGUAUGCCUGCAGGGCAGAAGAGAAGGCUCCCAGUACUAAACUUUGGAACAGAAAUGAGUAUGCUUCUUUAAGUAACACACCAAAUGCAAGAUCUGAUAGUGGAAUUAUGCACAAGUUUGAGAACCUUUCAAAUAAUUUGCGAACUGUACAGCAGCAAAAACGCCCUGGUAACUGUAAUUCGCCUCAGCUUAUGAAAACAACAGAAACCAGCCAAACGUAUGCAUCAUCUAAAGGACAAUGGCCAGUGAAAACUAAUGCUGUUUCAAGAACUCUGCAGGAUCGUAGUCUGGCAUAUAAAUUUAACCAUGAUAUUCAGCAAAAUAAAAUGAAUGAGAAAGAAUUUGGUUGUGUUGCAGAAGAUAAAAGUCAGGAAUUUUCAUCAUCUCAAUUAAAAAUUAAAGAAAAAAAGAAUUCUUUGCGCAUCAUAUCUGCAGUCAUUGAAAGUAUGAGGCACUGGUGUCAAUAUGCUUAUAAAAUUGCACUAUUAUUUGAAGUUUUAGGCACACUUGAUUCUGCGGUCACACCUGGAGCGUAUGGCGCAAAGAAUUUUCUUCUGAGAGACGGAAAGGAGAGCCUGCCUUGUGUAUUUUAUGAAAUCGACCGGGAGCUUCCAAGACUAAUUAGAGGUCGUGUGCACAGGUGUAUGGGAAACUAUGAUGCAAAAAGGAACAUUUUCAAGUGCGUCUCUGUCAGACCAGCCACUAUUCAAGAGCAAAACACUUUCCAAGAAUUUGUUAAAAUUGCAGAUGCUGAGAUGACAGCAUAUGUCAAAACAAUGAAUGAACUUUAA